AUGAGAAAAUACCGACAUCUAAACGGGUCUUGGCAUACCUUCGACUACCGGGAGUCACUAACAACAAAGAAGGCAGCUCGGACAAUCACAAAGAACUUGUUUACGGUGGAAAGUGUGAACUGUAUCUGUGUGGACUGGUCGGGUGGCUCCCGCACUGCAUACUCACAGGCCUCACAGAACGUCCGGAUUGUGGGAGCAGAAGUGGCAUAUCUUGUUGGAGUUCUUCAGUCGUCAUUCAGCUACUCACCUUCCAACGUCCAUGUCAUUGGCCAUAGCCUGGGUGCUCACGCUGCAGGGGAGGCUGGAAGGAGGACCAAUGGGACCAUUGGACGGAUCACAGGAUUGGAUCCAGCUGAACCUUACUUUCAGAGCACACCCGAAUUAGUCCGAUUGGACCCCAGCGAUGCCCAAUUUGUGGAUGUAAUUCACACAAACGCUGCCCCCAUAAUCCCCAACUUGGGGUUUGGAAUGAGCCAAAUUGUGGGCCACCUAGAUUUCUUUCCAAAUGGAGGAGAAGAUAUGCCCGGAUGUCAAAAGAACAUUCUCUCUCAGAUUGUUGAUAUAGAUGGGAUCUGGGAUGGAACUCGUGACUUUGCGGCCUGUAAUCACUUAAGAAGCUACAAGUAUUAUGCUGAUAGCAUUCUCAAUCCUGAUGGCUUUGCUGGAUUCCCUUGUGCCUCUUACAGUGAUUUCACUGCAAACCAGUGCUUCCCCUGUCCAAGUGAAGGCUGCCCACAGAUGGGGCAUUAUGCUGAUAGAUUUCGUGGGAGAACGAGUGCAGAGGGCCAGGUAUUUUAUCUAAACACCGGUGAUGCCAGCAAUUUUGCCCGUUGGAGGUAUAAGGUGAACGUCACACUAUCUGGAAAGAAAGUCACAGGACACGUGCUAGUUUCUUUGUUUGGAGAUAAAGGAAACUCUAGGCAGUAUGACAUUUUCAAGGGCACUCUCAAACCAGACGAAACUGUUUCCAAUGAAUUUGACUCAGAUGUGGAAGUUGGAGAUUUGCAGAAGGUUAAAUUUCUUUGGUACAACAAUGUGAUCAACCUAACUCUACCCAAAGUAGGAGCAUCCAAGAUCACAGUAGAAAGAAAUGAUGGAGCAGUGUUUAACUUCUGUAGCGAAGGAACCGUGAAGGAAGAUGUUCUGCUCACUCUCACCACCUGUUAGGAGCUGCUGACAUGUGACCUUUGAAUCUUAUUGCUAAUAAAAUCUACUGGUGAAGCAAU